AUGGACGACUUGAACGGGCUGAGUUGGUCCUCCAACUCAAAUGCGCCCACCAACAAACCCCCUCCAAUGGGCUCUGGCUUUAUGUUCCCGAAUGUACGAUCAAAUGGCGCCUCUGGUCGAUCGACACCAAUGUCCGCUGCUUCGAACCGUUCCAAUUCGCCGGCCAAACCCGCCGCCUCUACCGGAGACAGCUUCGCGAACCUAGUGUCAUUCAACUCCUCUUCCAACAAUAAGAACCUCUCUCUCCUGGAACAACAGAAGCGCAUGCAGGAAGAAAAGGCGAAGCAGGAAGCUGAGAAGCGUAGCCGAUACGAAGCCCAAUAUGGGGGGCCAGAACACGCAAAGGAAGAAGAUAUAUUGGCCGCUUUCAAUGCCGCGGCACCGGUCGAUGCGUCAACAAAUUUCCCUAUCCCUCGCUCUGCUUCAUCUUCGCGGCUCGAUGUUUCUUCUCGGCAAGGCACACCAAGUGCGGGAAUCACGAUGCAGGAUAAUACGAGUGGCUUGGAUGCUUUUGACGAUGACGACGAUCCAUUUGGACUUAAUCAAUUGAAACCAAAGCCUGCACCUGCACCCCUUGCGACUCAAGAUGAUGACGACGACUUCCUCGGACUUUUAGGCAAACCAGUGUCUGAGAUCCCUCGCCAGCCAAGCCCUCAAGAACGAACACCGUCUUUCAACAAUGGUCGAGGACAAGGUUCUUCUCCCAUGCCAUCUAGUGAUGAGGAUCGGGCUAUCGCGGAAUUAGUCGACAUGGGAUUCCCUGCGGACAAGUCCCGCCAAGCUCUUAGAACUACGCAGUCGGGGACCGAUGUUCAGGGUGCAGUUAGCUACCUUUUGACAUCAGCGCAUGCUGAGGCUCGACAGAAGACUCAGGGCCGGGCAGCAUCGAAUGGCCCAGCCGAUGGCCGAGGAGACAGAAGUCAAAGUCGCAACCGCGAUGGUCCUUCGUGGAUGCGGGAAGGGAGAUCGCAGACACCACAAUCGCGUGAGGAUAGCCGAAGCCCAGGCGCCGCAGAAAAGGACCCUGCUCAGAUAGCUUCUCAAUUUGGUAACAACCUGCUGAAGACUGCGGGCUCAUUUUGGAAAGCGGGAAGCAAGAAAUUCCAGCAAGCUGUGAAUGAGUUCAAUACGGAACACGACUCAAGCCAGCCUAAGUGGAUGAGAGAUGCAUCCUCUACACAAGAAGAGCCGUUGCCCCCGCGACCUCCCCGGCGUGGAGAAACUGGACAGCCACAGAGCGGUGAUCCUAACAUGACUGAUGAAGCGAUGCUCCUCGAAGGUGGAAAUUCAGGUCCUCCCCGAAAGCCUACACGCCCGACCGCGCCAGGUGGGAACGAGCUACGACAACCAUCUCCAUCUCAACACCUCCAGCAACCUAACUUCUUGCAACGACCAUCUAGGCCAAGCUCUGCGGAACCAAGAUCUCGCGCAUCGAGAUUCGCUGCUGAGGAACAAUCAGCGCACGCGUAUCCGAAGCCAGCGUCACCAGCUCCUCCCCGCAACGGUCGGCGUCGGUCCCAAUACGCCCUAAGGCAACACCUCGGUCUAUACCGCCACUCUCACCACAAGCUCUUCAGUCCACCCACCGUCAUCGCGAGAAGGCUGCCGAGGCAUGGAAGCGGGGGGGAUUUCGCUGCUGCUCACGAAAGCUACUCUACUGCCCUAGGUAUGCUCCCCGAAAAGCAUCCAAUCACGAUCAUUAUCCGCAGUAAUCGUGCUAUGACCGGUUUACGCAUCGGUGAGCCAAAGGCUGUCAUUGAAGAUGCCGAGACGAUGCUUGCUGUCAUCGGCCCCUCUAAAGGCGAAGCUGAAACGAUUGAUCUCGGCAACGGUGAUUCCCCAAAGCCGAUGAAAGAUUUCUUUGGCAAGGCUUUGAUGCGAAAAGCGGAGGCCUUGGAACACCUCGAGCGAUGGGCAGAUGCGGCGCAGACAUGGAAGCUGGCAGUGGAGUCAGGUCAUGGUGGAAGCACCAGUAUCCAAGGUCGUAACCGGUGCGAAAAGGCCUCUGGGAUCAGUAAAGCUCCACCCAAGCCCGCAGCACCCGCGAAGAAGAGGCCCACGCCCGCGCCUAAGAAGCCAUCCGCACUAUCAGAUCUUUCUGGCUCCUCGGGCACUGGGCAAGAUUCUGCAGCCGUUAGCCGUCUUCGGGAGGCUAACAAGGCUGCGGAACGUGAGGAUGAUGAGAAAUUCGCCCUAUCUGAAAGUGUUGACUUGAAGAUCGCCAACUGGAAGAAUGGCAAGCAAGACAACCUGCGUGCAUUGCUUGGUAGUUUGGACACGGUGCUUUGGGCCGAGUCUGGGUGGAAGAAGAUUAGCCUUGCGGAGCUUGUAUUGCCGAACAAGGUUAAGAUUCAAUAUAUGAAGGGUAUCGCGAAGGUUCACCCGGAUAAGAUCUCAACCACCGCCACGACCGAGCAACGCAUGAUCUCUAGCGCAGUUUUCGGAAUAUUGAACGAGGCAUGGGACAAGUUUCGAGUUGAGAACAACCUCUAA